UGGCGCUAGUAGUUUAAACUGCAUGAAUGCAUUCAAUUAGCUGGAAGAAGAUAGUCUAUUGCAGUCGUAGCGCAGAUAACGUUAUUUAUUUAACGUAACGCAGCUAAUUAUUUACUUUAUAAUUAAGCAACAAUGUCUUCAGUUGAGUCUCUGAGAGAGUUUGUCAGCGAGCGACUAACUGCAGCUGCUGAGGAAAUAUUUGGAGUUUUUAGAAAAACUGUCCUCGAGUACGAAGAAGAGAUCGACCGUCAGCGCAGACUGCUGGAUAUCGCUUGGAAACCCGAAAUAAAGUUACACAGGACAGAGCUCCCACAGCAACAUGUCUGUAAGGAAGAUGAGGUUCUUGCUGACCAGCAGCUCUGUGUUCAGGAGAGGAACUCCAGUCUGGACCAGGAGGACCCAGAGCCUCCACAGAUUAAAGAGGAACAGGAGGAACCCUGCAGCAGUCAGGAGGGAGAGCAGCAUGUACUGAAGCAGGAGACUGAUGUCUUUAUGUGGAUUCCUGCUUAUGAGGAAAGUGACCACAGUGAACCAGAACCAAACAGAGACCACCAGCUCCUCUCUCACAGCUCUCAUGUAGCUGAGAGUCAAGAUCAGGCAAGAGGCAAGCAUGAAGACUCAGGAUCAACUAGAGAUGCAGAGCCACAGACGAGACAUCAUGAAAACAGAAGUCAUAGUAACAAUGUACACAACUCUACCAGGUCAGAAAUUCACCAUAAUCCUCACACAGGUGAAAAGUCUGUCCAAUGUGAGACAUGUGGAAAAGCUUUUAGGUAUAAGUCAGGAUUGAAGAGACACCUGAGAACCCACACGGUCGAGAAGCCACAUUCUUGCAAAACAUGUUUAAAAGGUUUUAGAAGUGGCACUGCCUUGAAUGUCCACAUGAGAAAGCACACAGGCAGUCACAUGACAAUCCACACAGGUGAAAGACCAUAUUCAUGCAAAACAUGUGGGAAAGCUUUCAGUGCUAGCAGUGACUUGAAAGUCCACAUAAGAACCCACACAGGUGAGAAGCCUUACCUUUGCAAAACCUGUGGGGGAAGAUUUGGUGAAAUGUCAAAAUUGAAAAGGCAUUUGACAAUCCACACAGGUGAGAAGCCAUUUUCUUGCAAAACAUGUGGCAAAGAUUUCAGAGUUAACAGCACCCUGAUAAUCCACAUGAGAAGAGCCCACACUGAUGAGAAGCCGUACCUUUGCAACACCUGUGGGAAAAGGUUCACUGACAACUCAGCAUUGAAAGGCCACAUUAGAACUCACACAGGUGAGAGGCCAUAUUCAUGCAAAACAUGUGGGAAAGCUUUCAGUGCUAGCAGUGUCUUGAAAGUCCACAUGAGAACCCACACAGGUGAGAAGCCGUACCAAUGCAAGACUUGUGCGAAAAGAUUCUGUCGAACAUUCGCAUUGAAAAGGCAUAUGACAAUCCACACAGGUGAGAGGCCAUAUUUAUGCAAAAUAUGUGGGAAAGAUUUCAGUGCUAGCAGUGACUUGAAAGUCCACAUAAGAACCCACACAGGUGAGAAGCCUUACCUUUGCCAGAUCUGCGGGAAAAGAUUUGGUAAAGCGUCUCAUUUGACAAGGCAUAAAAGAUUGCAUGCUGGCAUGUAACCAUGUUUUUGCAAAAUAUUUUGGACGAUUCAGGUCUAGUGGUUUGGGGGGAAAUCCUGAAAAAACACCAGGGCCCUAUUGUUCAAAAGUGAACUGAUAGGAUUUCGACUAUCGGAUUGAAUCAAAUCCUGAAAAGGGAUUGUUCAAAUGAACAGGAUUCUGAAAUUAGAUCAGAUCACCUAAUCCAAUCUUGGUUUUGAUCUGGAUCAAACCUUCAGGCUCAAAAUUUUUUUGAAGGACUGAGAUACAUUUGAUCCAAAAUAUCUGCAUUAUCCUAUGAUUAUGAUUUUCAGAACAUAAACAUUUGUCAAAUAAUACACAAUUUUGUAUGUAGUAGCCUAUAUAUAAACAUUUAUAUUUUGCUCUUGAUUUGUUUAAACUUUACAGUGAUAAAGUAGAUAAAGUAGACAUUACCUAUUAAGCCUUUCA